ACAAAAUUUUACCUCCGAUUAAUUGCGACGAGUCUACCGCAUCCAGAAACAUACGAGCGAAUCUUACGAGUGUAAUCAUGUGCACUUCCACUCCGGACCAUGUGAGCUUGACUCGAUCCCGGUGAACGUGAUUGAUUUCUUCGACUCACCGGUUGGUCGGCUCCAAUUUUGAUUGAGGUGACCACCCUGCCCCAUCUCACCUGACCACCCUGGCGCCAACGUUUUUCAUGGUCCGUCCUGAGUAAAUUUGCUGGCGAGAUUCAAUUUCGAUCAGAUAGCGCUCGUAAACCGGUUAACUUCUGACCACAAACGUACAAGUCCGGCACAUCAUGCCAUUGUAUAAAAAGCCGGGUCAAUCACAGGACUUUUAAUAUUCUCAACCGCAGUCAAUAUCACUGGUGAAGCCUCGGGCAUCAGUUGUCAAGCAUGUACUACAAGUCGCUCUUCCCAGACCUGCCAAAGGUCCCAGAAUCCAAUGUUCACCACCUGCUCUUCAACCGGCCUGAUCAGCGGGAGUGGCCAGACUACACAUUAUUCGUGAAUAUAGCCACUGGCCAGCGGCGUUCGUUCAGGGAGUUCGUUGAGCGUGUCCGUGAUGGCGCUACUGCACUGGGUGCUGAUGUGUCGCAAGGUGGCCUAGGCCUUCGUCCAGAGAAUGGAGAUCUUGUAGGCAUACUGAGCGAGAACUGCCCAGACUAUGUAGCCCUGCUACAUUCCCUACUGGCUAUCACCGUCCCGUUUGCGCUAUUCUCAUCCUAUUCAACCCCAUACGAGCUCAAACACGCCAAUUCUCUCGCGCAGGCGACUAGGAUCUUUGCAAGCCCCUCGUUACUGCGACUCGCUUUGACUUCGGGUCUUCCAGCAGAUCGGAUUUACCUCUUAGAAGGAGAGAAUAAAGGGUAUACAAGCUACGAUCAGCUCAUCUCCUCUGCUCGAAAGAACGGUGUUCCACGUGUGCCAGUCCGUCAUGCUACCAAGGACACUCUGGCCUACUUGAUCUAUUCUAGUGGAACUAGUGGUCCUCCUAAAGCCGUCAUGACAUCCCAUGGAAAUAUCGCUACUACCACCCUCUCAGCAAUGGUAAACGGUAUGGAAAUAGCUAAAACUCAGGCUCCAUCAGUAUGGAACACUCCUGAUGGGCUACAAGUGACCUCCAAUGUCCUUCCGCUCUACCACUCUAUCGGCCUUUACACGACCAGCUUCCUCAACUUCCUCAGUCCCUCCACGAUUGUCAUGCUCCCGAAAUGGGACAUCGAUAUAUUCUUUGACAGCAUCCCCAAAUACCACAUCACAAGCAUAAUCGUCGUCCCUUCCCUUCUGCACCAGCUCGUUCACCAUCCACGCUUCAAAACUACUGAUAUGAAGUCGGUUAAGACAAUUGGAAGCGGUGGCGCAUACCUCCCGUCCCAGCUCUCCGACCAGGUUUGCGCCCGUUUCCCAGACAUACCAAGAGUUUCUGAAGGUUAUGGUAUGUCCGAAUUCACAAUGGCCAUUGCCAUGAAGCCUGUCCCUGGCAUGCUCAAUGGACGUGUCAAAAACAAGCCUGGCUCUGCCGGAAUUCUCGUUUCCGGUGUCGAAGCCCGCGUUGUCCGUCCCGACGGGUCUCUUGCGGGCCCAAACGAGCCGGGCGAACUUCUCGUCCGCGGAGGCUCUGCGGCGCUGGGAUACAAGGGAAAUGACAAGGCCACUCGGGAAACGUUUGUCGAUGGAUGGGUGCGCACAGGCGACCAAAUACGGAUCGAUGAGGACGAGGUACUUUUGCAAGCUGCACCAUCCAUAAACAUAACUCGUUUUGUGAUUUACUUAUCCCCAUCCUCACAGGACACGCUCAAAAUCUCAGGGAUGCAAGUGUCUCCUGUUGAAAUCGAGAACGCGAUCCUGGCGCAGCCCGAUAAGCUGAUUACCGAUGUGAGCGUUGCGGGUGUUUCGGGUGGGCGUACCUCGGACGAACGCAUACCCCGCGCGUGGAUCGUGUUAUCCCCUGCGGGCACAGCAUUGGGUGAGAAAGAGGUUGUGACACGACUCAAUGCGUGGGUGCAGGAGCGCCUGAGUCGGUAUAAGUGGUUGAGAGGAGGCAUUGGAAUUGUUGAGACGAUUCCGAAGUUGCCAACUGGGAAGGUGCUGAGACGGGUGUUGGUUGAGGGGUAUGAGAAAGAGGUAAAAGCGAGUGCGAAACUGUGA